GUGAUCGGUUCCGGUUGGAGCCGUGCGGCCUUGACGCAGCCAGAAGCCGAGCCUGCGGUUUACAGAGGCAGCCGGCACCAUGAGGGAUGUGAGCGGGUUCCUCCAACAGCAGCAGAUCGGGGCCGGAGAGCUCGGCCCUGACUGGCAGCAAAUGGAGGAGCUUUACAACAAAAAACUGUGGCACCAGUUGACUGUCCGACUCCAGAACUUUGUUCAAAAUCCCUGCUUCGCCACAGGUGAUGGUCUGAUCAAGCUGUAUGAGAAUUUUAUUAGUGAAUUUGAACACAGGAUUAACCCUCUGUCUCUUGUGGAGAUUGUUCUACAUGUUGUGCGGCAAAUGACAGAUCCUAAUGUGGCCCUAACAUUUUUGGAAAAGACAAAAGAAAAGGUCAAAUCCAGUGAUGAGGCAGUGAUUCUCUGCAAAACAGCUAUUGGUGCUUUGAAAUUAAAUGUUGGAGAUCUGCCAGUGACAAAGAAAACAAUUGAGGAGGUGGAUGAGAUGCUGACUAACCUUCCUGGGGUUACAUCAGUUCAUGGACGCUUUUAUGAUCUGUCAAGCAAGUAUUACCAGAUAGUUGGAAAUCAUGCUUCCUACUACAAGGAUGCCCUGCGGUUCCUGGGUUGCAUUGAUAUCAAAGAUUUGCCAGUUGCAGAGCAUCAAGAGAGAGCAUUCACUCUUGGAUUGGCUGGACUUUUAGGUGAAGAUGUUUACAACUUUGGAGAACUCUUAAUGCAUCCCGUGCUGGAGUCACUUCGAACCACAGAUAAGCAGUGGCUGAUCGACACUUUGCACGCAUUCAACAGUGGCAAUGUGGAGAAAUUUCAAGCGCUCAAAGCAUCUUGGGGACAGCAGCCUGACCUAAGAGCCAAUGAGCUGCGACUGAUGCAAAAAAUCCAACUCCUUUGCCUGAUGGAGAUGACUUUCACCCGUCCAGCCAACCAUCGGCAAUUAACGUUUAAGGAAAUUUCUCAAAUUGCAAAGGUUCCUAUUAGUGAGGUGGAGCUUUUAGUGAUGAAGGCACUGUCUGUCGGUUUGGUGAAGGGCAGCAUUGAUGAAGUGGAUGAACGUGUUCACAUGACUUGGGUUCAGCCUCGAGUUUUGGACCUACAACAGAUUAAAGGAAUGAAAGACAGAUUGGAUUACUGGUGUGAGGAUGUGAAAAAUGUGGCGUUACUUGUGGAACAUCAGGCACAGGAUAUCCUAACCUAACCAUUGCUCUGUCUGGGAUCACUUGACUGCCCAUUUUAAAAUUAGUCAUAGAGUUUUCAGUAGGUCAUUUUCAGAAAUGAACUCUAUUUUAAUAACUUGGGACACGGUGAACAGCUACACCAAUUUCACUUCUUUCAAACCUCACAGAACUAGCUUUAUUUUCUCAGGAGUGGUAUCUUUACCAAAGGAACAAAGAUUUCAUGUUUUAAAGUGACUUGGGCCUGAAAUGAACUUUCUUGCUCAUUUAGUUAUUUCUGUGACCCCUUGCAUCAGGAGUUUUUAAUUAAUUGUCACACAGGCAACUACAAGUAAUAUAGUGUAACAGUUGUUACGAGCCAGGAACCCAGAAAUCAGAUCUAAAAAUCCCCAACAGGGAAUUUGAAUUCAGUUUGAAAAACUUGAUCUUAAUAAAAGUGAUCAUGAAGCUCUCAAAUUGUCCUAAAAUUCUAUUUGCUUCAUGUCCUUUAGAAAAGGAAGCCAGCUAUCUGAGCCCAAAAUGUGACUCCAAUUCCAUGUCAACUUUUUUUAAUGUAGCCCUUUUAAACCUCAGUCUACAGGCAGUUCAAGCUUGAGUUUUCAGCUAGAAAUUUAACUAUGACAAACUAAUUGGUGAUUCAAUAAGCCCCAUCAUAACUUCAAAGCAGUUUGAAAUAGGCAGUAAAUACUGGCCUAUGCAUUUUGACAAUGAGAAUAAUUGUCGUAACUAAAAUAAACAGAAAAUGUUGGAGGGACCCAGCAUGUCUGGCAGCAGCAUCUGGAGAAAAUGUUACUGUGUCGAAUUCAAAAUGACUCCUCUUUGAGAGAAAGGGGUAUAUGACUCGGUUAGCUGUGUUUCUGUAUACUUAGAUGCUACCAGACCUGCUGAGUUUACCAGCAUUCUGUUUCCCAGCAUCUGCAGUAUUUUGCUUUUAUAACCAUCCGUAUUGUUCUAUGAUGUAGGACUGGUCUGCUGCCCAAUCAAGUAAAGAGGCCACAGAUUGGUAAAUAUUCCUGCAGUCUCCGUGCUGUACUCCUGCCUGUCCCAAUUUUAAAGCUUUUUUUAAGACAGGAUUAAUGAAGUUAUUGCUAAAAUCAUGAGAUGACAUGAUCCAUUUUACAUGAAUAUUUAAGAUGGAAUAAAAGUAUUUUAAAAUGUU